AUGUUCGUACUUGCUGUUCUCCUCUUGGAGCUAGUUGAAGUCGUCCUGAUGAUGACAGAUGUCACCAGUGGGCAAAUAGUGGAAGGAUUUAGCAACGAAGCUUUGGCUUUACUAACCAUCGUCGUUGGAAGUUUUGUAGCAUGUGCAAUUAGUUAUUUCAUAAAAAAUAACAGGAAUGUUCGUAUCCAUCCAGAUCUAGUCGGAGAUGUUCAAGGUUUUCGAGAAUCAUUCGUUCGAGGGCAAAGUGGCCGCGUUAAUGAAGCAAGAGUGAGUUUUUGCCUACUCUUAGAGCGAGUUAUGAAGUGCAGCGCAAUUUGUGCGGAAUAUCUCUCGGACGUUAACGAAUCUUAUUGUUAGCA